AUGCAGCAAGUCGACUCGGCCACUGCGCAUCCCUCUGCCCGGCCCAAGAUGCGUCCACAGUCCCGAGCGUCGACGACGUCGGCCCACAGCGUCACAACACAACCAAACCUCGACCAUGCCAGCUUCGCCGACAUGUCUGGUCUCUACGCCGGGCAAUGGCAGGAUCACCACCACGCCGCUGCCCAGCAGGGUCAGCACCCCAUAGGCCCCGAGGACAUGCUUGUCCAGGCCAUCCCGCACAUGCAGGCCACCGCCGGCGACUAUGCCAUGGCUGACGCCAUGGGAGCUCCCAUGGCUCACCACCCGCAACAUCAUCAGCAUCAGCACCCGCAGCAGCAGCAGCACCACCAACAGCAGCAGCAGCAGCAACAUAUGGCCUUUAACCCUCACCAGGUCCCGCCGCAGCACCAUCAUCCUGCUCACCAAGUCAACUGGGGGCACGAGGAUGCCCGCAUGAUGGCUGCUCACGAAGAUAUGUCUGCUAGCCAGACCCCUGUCGACCCUGUGGGUGCCAAUACGGCGUCUGGAAAACCUUCGAGAAAGAAGUCCAAUGCCAACAACGACGGAGAGAUGCGUGAUCUAUUCUCGACCAACCGCGGCCGCCCUCUUGACGAUGUCGCCAAGGAUCUCCGUGGCAAUGAGCGCGGCCCCCAGGCCGAGCGCAAGCGUCAACUCUAUGCUAUGCUCUGGCUUAACUCGGCUUGCGUCGAGAGCAAAAACUCGAUCCCCCGUGGCCGGGUCUACCACAUGUACGCGUCGCGAUGCUCAGACGAUAGGGUCAUGGUCCUGAAUCCCGCCAGCUUCGGAAAGCUUGUCCGCGUCGUGUUCCCGGCCAUCAAGACGAGGCGACUGGGUGUUAGGGGCGAGUCUAAGUAUCACUACUGCCACUUUGAUCUCCGUGAGCCGCCACCACCCGAGCUGGUCGAUGAGAUACCUCGCAAUUCACUCCCCGCACCCGACACGGCGGUGCCCACUGGGCAGCCCUCGUUAACCUUUCCGUGCAGCACCGCUCCCGCACAGACACAGGACGACACUGGCCAUGGCGUCUUUCCCUCAACCGAGAUGCCCGUCGACAGCCGGCCUCGCCGCUCAUCAUCACAAAACAAGCGCGGUUCGCGAAUACAUAGCCGAUAUAACACUCUACACAUGACUCGUAAUUCCGAUGGUGGUAACUCGGUUUCCACCAAGACGCCCCUCAAGCUUGAAUUCAUGACGGAAGAAGACAUGGCUGCCGACUCGUCUGAGCCCGUCGUCCUGCCCAGGAUAGGACCGUUCCUUCCCCCAAACACGGAUCAAGACGCUGCACAGUCUCUGGUCGCCCUCUACCGCUCGCAGUGCACAUCCAUCAUCGAGAGUUUCCGAUACUGCAGGGAGAAGAACUUCUUCCACCUCUACACAUCCUUCCACGGCACCCUGACGAUGCCUGUACAGAAGCUGUUCGCCAACCCGAGUAUCGCACCGUGGAUUGAGGAGUGCGACGUGGUCCUUUACCAGCGCCUCACCCGACUUGUCGUCCAGCUGUCACUGCAGGCCAUCCCCAAGCCCGUCAUCAACCGUAUGCACACGAUUGCCACGCGACUAGUGAGCCACAUCCGCGACGCCUUCCACGGCCAGCCCGCACACGUCAUCGAGGCCAAGGUGGGCCCCGCCACAAUAUUUGCCGGCAUCCUCGAGCGUAUGCUGCGCGUGAACCUGACGGCGCACGCUGCAGCCAACUCGAUGGCUGUCGGAGCCAACAGGGACCAGAUGUUUGCGGACUGGGUCAAGACGAUCAACCCGCACAAGAUUGCCGAGUGCGUGCCGACGCAGGGCAUGGACGAUACCGUGUGGCUCCUCAGCGACGCGAUCAAGGACCUCGUCGAUCCGGAGACGCUGCCUAUCGACGAGGACCCCUUUAGCCUGUUCAACUCGGCGCAAGUCGGAGGUGACGGCAGCAGUGACGCAGGUUCCUGUGUGGAACGGUGGAGGAAGUUCCUGAUGAGCCUCCCCUCCAAGUUCCCCUACGCCUCGCACGCGGACAUUGCGUGGUGCGUGGAGCGCGUAGGCUCGGCCGUGAUGCGCGAUCUCACCAUCUACGAGAGCCCAAGCUUCAGCGCAUGGUGGGUAGCCAAGACUUUCUUUGACGAGAUGGUCUGGUUCCUUGCCGAGGUGGGCGGCUUCUUCCGAACGAAGUCACUCCGUCGAGAGACGCGAGAGGCUUCAGCGACGGCAGCAGCGACAGCAUCAGAGCAGCAGCAGGUCUUCACAGACCGACGCUCAGCAGAUCAGUCGAUGACGAUGGACCAUAUGGAUAUUUCCCAGGACCGACCACUCACUGCCAACAACAACAUCCAAAACAUCAACAAUGCCUCCUCCACAGCGGUUGCGUCGCCGGGAAACUCUGAUCGCGCCCCUUUCCCCCCCAAGCCCAGUCAGCAACCGGUCUUGGAUGCGGCGGGGGACCUGCCCGAGGAUAGUGGGAUAGGGAUACGUACGCCGGAGACUGACCUGCCCAUGGACAAGUACACCACCUUUGGGGUUGAAAACUCGGAACUGGCAGAGUAG